AUGUCAGCGUUUGAACCCGCGUUCAGUUGUGUCGUUGCCAUUGCCUGCUUCCGCGAUCGCAUGAUGGAUAGCCCCCGAGGGAGCGUGGUCCAUCGAGGCCGUACUCGCAUGUGCCAGACACAUCGGCCGACAGGUAAACUUUUGGCCGGUUGGUAUGCUCCAUGGUCAGACAGCAUCUGUGCUGGCUGGCUUGCGCAUUCUUACGGCGUGUGGAUGGGCAAUGGGGACGUUGUAAAAGGCCGAAACUUAGUGGAUCAUCGGGAGGCCUUGCUAACUUCGCGGGCGGGACACGACAGAAAAAGGUUUGGACGAAAGCCCUUUAUCUCGUUGCAGGAUUCGCCAGACCUGCCGCCCCUCUGGGCUUCGAAAAUGCCCACCUUGGCUGCUUCCUACGACGGGCAGUUGUGCGAUGAGGCAGCCCUCCAGACAGGCAGAUUGGGUUGA